AUGGCAAGUCCUGUGAUCCUGUUGGUUCCUCAGCUGGAGGAAUCUGUUGGUCUCGCCUGUUUUGACAGCCAGGGGCUGCAGAAAGGGGAGAGCUUAGAACUGGAGGCGUCUGAGACAGAGGUGCUUUGCCAAGACAAUGCUGACAAACUAUCCUGGGCGAGGGGUUGGCAGAACCAUCUUUAUGAUACAAAGCUUAACACCAAAACAUCCCCAGCAGCCAACCAGGCACCUGGCCCAGAGGAAAAGGGGGAAGCUGGCAAUGCCAAGAAGGCCGAGGGGGGGGAGGAGGAGGUGGACAUCGACCUGACAGCGCCGGAGACAGAGAAGGCUGCCCUGGCCAUUCAGGGCAAGUUCCGGCGAUUCCAGAAGAGGAAAAAGGACCCCAGCUCCUGAGUGCCAGCCCCGCCCGCCCCACUCCACACUCCGCAGCUCUGGCUUCCAUGCGCCUUGUCUCUGUCCCUCUAUCCCGGGUGGGACCGUCUGGCCCUCGGGCCGUACGAGGUCCACAAAAUCAUUUAUUUGGUCUGGCCCUGCCAAGGCAUUAGGGGUGAGUUAAUUAAAUGUUUGAUCAAAUAUAGCAGGCUAAUUUUUAAGUUGAUAGUUUUGGGUGGCUUGUGAAUGAUGCUUUAAAUAUCCAAAUGGCCCUGGGCAGAAAGAAGGUUCCUCACCCCUGCUAGCCCCUCAUUCAGGCAAGUUUGACCCUUAUCUGCUAUUUUCUGUGGCCCCUCAAGUCAUCACAGCAGCAGAGCAUGAGGAACAUAGGACAGGGGAAGAAUUCAGCUGGCAGCCACUUGCCUGAGGGUGGGCCAGCUUCUCCUUGGGCUAAGCCUCCUUAACCAGUUCCUCUGCCCCGUGAGGUUGAAGUAGAAGAGGCUUUGAGGCUGAGGGCCCCUCCCCCGUACAGUGUGGGAGGGAGGGGAAGUCUUCAGAGUCGGGUGCCUGGGGGGGAUAUGCACUGCCUGCCUGUCCUUACAACAGUCCCACUUCAGGUAACAUUCCCUCACACCCUCUGCACUGCCACCUCCACUUCCUGCUGCGCCAAGCCGCGGAGCCCCUGGAGACCCGCGACAGCAGCUUUCACAUCAGUGCCUGCUGAGUAGAUGAGUCCCAGGAACGCAGGGGGACUGGGCCAGGCAAAGGGUGUUGCCUUCACCAUCAAGGCUGGGGCAGGGCAGAGGCAGGGGCGUGGGAGCUGGGGUAGACUGGGGAGGAAGGACAGUGAGAGGGAUCUCUGAGGACACAGGCUGCUGCCAGGGAGACUGCCUGCCCCUAACCCCACAUCUAGCCUCCCCAGAGGCCACGCAGACCAGGUGACCCCUGGAGCUCCUGCCUGCCCCACUGUGGAGUCGGGACAGAAGGGAAUAGCCACUCGGUGAGGUUUUAGCUGUUUCACAAUUACAGAAACAACAAUAACCCUCCAGUGGAGUCGUUUAACCUCUACUUCUGAUUUUUCUUGGGAGGAGGGUGAGUGCUGGCCCCAGGGAGGGCAGGUGCCGAGCACUUUCUCCGCCCCGACCUGCCCACACCCUGCUUCACGCCCACACUGCUGCCUCCACCCCGGGCCUGCUGCUCCCUUCCCUUCCCCUCCAGCCAAGGGCACACCCCGUCAUCUUGCUCCCUGUCCCACGUGACCUGUCCUAGCUGUUCCUGCUGCUUUGCCUCCCCCGCCACACACACACACACACACACAACUGUUAAGCAAAUGUGGUGGAAGAAGAUGACUGGGCCACACUGAAGACUUUAAACCAUGAAUUAAAUAAAAUGAUGGCUUUCAAAUGAG